AUGUCGCGUCUGAACAAGGUUCUGAGGAACCCCGUAUGUGCCCGUAGUAUUUUCGCUGACCUCAAUGCUUUUCGCCCUGUGCUGAAGGACAUACUUCAACCAAAGGAGAUACCCUCGAACGAGUCUACCUCUGAUGAUGCGGAUCGCAAUGAACCUGAAUUGCUGUUCAACGUCAAGAUAAACUGCUUGGAGAAUUAUCUCCAUGCUGUGCCAAAGGAGAACGAGCAAAACUGUGUUACUCUGGCUAAGAAAGAGUUCGAGACUUUUGAAUCAUGUUCGUUGAUCCAGGAAGAAGGAAAAAAGCUGCAAGAUUUGGUCUUGUGCUACCUUUAUUCGACGAGAUCGGACGAAUCGUGGUUGUCUGCUCUUUUAAGCGAUACACAUGUUACCGCAAUGCACAAUGCAGCAUCCAUAGAUAUGAUAAACAAGGCCAUUAAGGGUUUAGGUAUGGUCCUUUCUCCAUUGUCCACAAGUAAAAUGGAUUUUGAGGGAUUCCACCCGAUUCUAUCGGCAGUUGAAGUCUCAUAUGCGUACGCUUUCUUAAGAAGUAUGCUUUCGGGUAAAGUUCCGGGCGGUGACCGCGGAUCCAAAUUCCAAAUGGCAUUGAUGGACGGAUUAAAAACAACUCGAGGUGUACUGAUAUACCAAGCUGUAUUUGUUCUCCAAAACAAGUUGAUUCAUUCUGAAUCUUACUACAAGGACGAAUCAUUUAUGGUAAUUUCGGUUUCUACGUAG